UUGAAUAUUGGGUUAUAUAGUGAUGUCAGGAAGAGAGAAGUGGUUGUAUUUUAUCUUCAUUGAUUUUUCUUCCUUUUUCAAGUAUUUCUUAGCGAAUUUUCCGAAAACAGGACAAGUAGAGAAAUCAUUGACGUACUCUUUUGGAGUUACUUGAAUUUUAAAUAUAUCACUAAAUGGAUUGUUCAGAGUAAGCGCAUCCUCAGGGAAAUUUGAGUUUAGCAGUGUUUUGUCGUCUAUAACAUCUGACUUUAAUAAGUGUCUAACAUUCAUCAUGUAGGCUGGAACUGUUCUUUCGAAAAUAUCUUUAGCUAUCAGAAGAUGGUUAAUUCCGUCUCUGUAGCAGCGGAAGAAGUCUUUCUCUCUGUUGAUGUGCUUGAUGAUGAAAUUGUAUUGCCUUUUAGUAGGGUUCAAAGAAGCGAUGAAUUCAUCUAUUUUGUUAAGAUCAUGCUUUUCCUUAAAUUCUGGUAUCUGAUAUUUGGACAAAUUUGAAAAUUUUUGGAUCGUCACAUAAUCUUUUAUUGGAGAAUGAUCAAAAUCACCCCAAUACUUGCUAUUUUGCUCAAGGGAAGGGAUGGCAAAUCAAAGCUUCAAAAGUAGCAUCAAGGAAAUCUCUGUGAGCUUCCAUUUCACUUAAAUAGUGUUUAUUAAAAUGGUCUAUAAGAUUAUCUUUAAUUCCUUCUUUAUUUCUUCAUUGUUUCUUUAUCAAUAUAUUUUUCAACUAUAUCCCCUUUGAACUCUCUAAAAUGCUCAAUGAACGAUACAGGCUCUUUACCCAUGAUCUCAAAUUUGUCAUUCCUGUAAGAGAUCAGCAAAUUCUGAAGUCUAAAGUUCUCCUUCUCCAGCUCAGCCACUUUCAUCUCCAGUUGCUGGAGGUACAAUUUCCUUCUGUCCCUUGAUUUCUUAGAUCUCUUCCUGCCGCUUUGUUUUCUCUUCUCUUCUUCACUCAUCUGUUGGUCCUUAUCGACUGCGAGUGGGUCUGUAGGCGAGUCAUGGCUGCUGCCUUCAUUGCUAUCGGUUGGUUUCUCGGGUUCUUGUUCAGCUUGUUUAGGCCAGCUGGGGAGGGAGCCGAGGAACAUAUCUGAAGGGGUGUGAUUUUGGUCCAUAGUUUUAAGUCAAAUUAA